CGCGCUCGUGUCAAACUGCCCACGCCUUCCCCUCGUCCUUCCGUUCUUGGACCCAUCCCACACCGGACCUCGGACACUUUCGGCGAGUUCCUGUACUUCGCGGCUGUCCACUCUCUUCUGCUCCAGACCACUCAGGUCUGCUUCUUCGUUUGCGCUUAACUCUGUAACUGAGAAGGCGUCUGCACAUUGUGAAAAGCACUCUCUAUCUGAAGCAAGCAAGCCUCAAGCUCGUCUUCAUAUCGUCGUCCGUUGAGUACGCGAACGUAUUGUGGAGUUUUCUUAGUCACGGGUAUACCAGAGAGAAAUCAUGCGUCCUUCUCCAACCGGGUCUCGUACUGGGCAGCAACACGGACACUCGACGAGCGCGCGAAGCGAGUCUCAACAACCACCGCAGCAGCAAGCAUCUCUUUCAGGGUCGCCACAACAGCAGCAAAACAGCUCAGAACUGGAUGAAGAGCGUACGACUCUGCAGGCGUUUCGGGCGCGGGUGGCGACCAACCGGCAACACGCUGCUGAGGAGCGUCUGCGUCGUGUCAACAGGGUCCUGCGCCGCGCAGAAGUCUCACGGGUGGCGAAUGCGUUGAAGAAGCGGCUCGAAUACGCAAAGCUCAAAGUGAGGCAUGGGUGGCAACAAAAAACGUUCGACGAAGUCAAAGCGCUGUAUAUGGAGUUAUGUGAGAAGCGGGAAGCUGAGGCUGUUGCCGCACGAGCCGCAGAAGCUCGGCAAGCUGCUCCACCUCCACCGCCUCCAAUAGCCGAGGGAGAGGAAAUCGACCCGUCCAUGGCAGCGGCAGCCAAUUGUCUGAUAGGCAUUUCUCAUCAGAACGACCAUCUGAUUCACAGGAAUGUAUCGCCUGAGAAGCCACCGGCGAAACUCGCGUUCACUCCAAUGCCUGCAUCGUCUCGCCAAUUCGCUCAUCAGCAUCCGUCACCUCCUGGCACAGAGGUGCAGAGCAACGGUAGUUCUGGUCAGAAUCUGGGCAGCAUCAUGACUCAGAAGCUCCGAGAGGAGACCGAUGCGUACUUUGCCAAGCUGGGCUUGCCCUCCCUCUCGGAAUUCACGGCUCUGCACACUCAAAACAGCGCCGCCAACAGCGAACUGCCCCCAGCUGCGCCUUCUGACACCUCAUCGUCGUUCAGAAGCAGUGCGCGUAAAGCAACCAGCGCGUACCACACCCAUCAUCACCAUCCGUACUUCCCCUCUCCGGCACCGUCCCCGAUAAUAUCACGCGUAACGUCCCCCACCAACCCGCAGUCUGCCACAUCGCUAGCCACGGCACCCGAAUCCUCCUCCUACAAGACUACAGGCGGGGUUAGGACUAAGCGAAUCAAGCUGACGGCACCACGAGCCCCCUCGUCGGCGGGGUUCGACACGAGAUCUCAGUCGUUCCAGUCGACGGACAUGCAAGUGGACCCGGACGCCGAGCAAGGAGCGCUGCUGCUCAUGAUGAUGCAGCGCCAGCACUGAUUUUGGGUGAUUUGCUGGCCAUUUUCCUCUCCCCGUCCUCUCGGUAUCUUUGCUCUCAAAAAGUUAAACCCACGCACAUUUUCUCAUGUCUUUCCCCCCAUUAUUUUCCAUUGACGGCUUUGGCCUUGAUGGAGGGAUUUUUCCACCUGUACUCCGGUCGAUCCCCCCCUCCUCGAUUUUGAAAUUCUUCCCCACUCUGCGAUAUUACUUGAGAAGUCGCACUGAUACUGGCAACAUUUGUUCAAAUACAUUAUGUGCCCACCUUUUUCCAAAAUUCAGAGUGAGAAGAUGGCUUGUGGCCUGUGUGCCGUCUCGAAGAGGGGCAAGGUUUCGGUUCGGUCAGCAC